CCCUACAGUAUCUCAUCAAACAUAGGAGAUAGGAGUAUCUAACAUCCAUGCAUGUUGUUCAGAUAUUAUUGAAUCAUUCACAACAGAGUGAACUUCGCGUGAAAAGGGCAGCAUGAGACAUCGACAGCUCCUUCUGACAUUCUUUCUCGUUUUGGCUUCUGACCGAAUCUUUUUCAGCCAUGCCUUCCAAUCAGUUGCCAACAGAAUACCUCCUCAAAAGCCAACACUUCUAUCAUCACAGCAUGUCCAGUUUAAUGCUCGGGGAGAGAACCAUCCCAUAUCAUCCGCUUGCAAGUAUCAUAAUCAAAAGAGCAAAUUGACAGGUCCAUCUACUUCCACGACAUCUCUUUCCUUACUAUUCCAACCAUCCUGGGGGAUCAGUCCCACGGAUGCCUGGGGCAACUGGGCCGUACUGACGGGAACUGCCACCAUUUCCCAAGUACUAGGCAAGACCACGCGGAUCGGCAAGCUAUUGGGACCACCCGUGACGGCCAUGGCAUUGACAUUUGGAUUGGCAUCCAUUGGAAUUCUUCAUCCCGGUGGAACCCCUGCCGCGACAGCCUUGCAACUCUUGUCCCUCCAACUCGCGACACCCUUGAUACUACUGGGAGCCGAUUUGCGCGAUUGUGUCGCACGCUGUGGACCACUCUUACUCUCCUUCAUGGUAGCGGCCAUGGCCACGCUUAUAGCUUGUCUGGUGGGAUGGCGUCUCACAGGCUGUCUAUUACAAUCUGCACUGGGCCCACGAGAUGGAUUGGCCAUUGCCGCCGCAUUAAUGGCCAAGAAUAUUGGGGGAGGAAUCAACUAUGUCGCCGUCUGUCGAUCGUUGAAUGCCAGUCCAGUCGCCAUUGCGGCAGGUUUGUGUGUCGACAAUAUUUUUGCGCUGCUCUACUUUCCCGUCACGUCGGCGCUGGGGGCAGGACGGGCCGAUGUAUCCGUCUUGACAUCGUCACGACAACGACAAUUGCCGAAAGACGACAAUCCAUCAUCAUCAUCGAAUGACAGUUUUUCCAUUCAAGGAGUAUCCACAGCUCUCUUCUUGUCGUCCUUGUUGCUGUGGAUGGGAGAAAAAGUGGGUGGUAAAAGUGGAGCUCUUCCUUGCUGUACCAUACUUACCGUGUUGGUGGCUUCCUUGGCUCCUGCCAACGUUAUGAAACCCGUACAGGAACCAGCGCAUGUGCUCGGAACGACGUGUCUCUACCUCUUUUUUGCCACGGCCGGAGCCCCGGGAAUUGCCGUGGCCGAGUCGGUACGAGCAUCGCUCAUUCCACUCAGUCUGUUCUUGACACUCUUGUACAGUCUUCAUGGAGCGAUACUAUGGCUCCUUCACAAAUUGUUUCCCCGUCGUGCUUCCUUUCUGCCACAGCGCCUCUUGGUGGCGUCUUCUGCGGCCAUUGGGGGACCCGCCACUGCAGUAGCACUGGCGCAAGCGCAGGGAUGGGAAUCCUUGGAGGUACCCAGUCUCCUGGUCGGGAACAUUGGCUAUGCCAUUGCCACAUUUUGUGGACUGGCAUACUAUGCAUUCUUCUCCGGAUAACUACCUACCUAACAACCUAACCAUACAGUAGACACCACUCAAUCCAAACGAAUGGAGCGAAUCGCAGGCUGAAGUUCCGAGCUCCAUUCGUUAUUGCUUUAGCCACUCGUCUUUUCUUAUAUUAAUAGCUAUCUAGCUAGGCGAAAGCAUGUUGGUACAUACAUGUAUCUCUGAAAAACAGGGCGUCAAGGGAAUUCAUGUUCGUCUCCUUGAGAGUGAGACGUUUUUAUGCAACUGGUGAUACAUGUACUACGGUACCGGUAGUCAGUUUACGACCCCUCAGCAGCAGCUAGCUAGCCAGCCAGCCAGCUAUUGCAAUGAAUUAUUGUAGUUACUAAGUAUCUCUUGUUAUCUAUUGCUACUACAGUCGCCAACUUCCUGGAGCAACCAAUUUCAAGAUUCUGGGUUUCUAAACUUCCGUCUCCGUCAAUUCGUCAAAAUCCAUCAACACGUACAUGUAUUUUCGGAGCCUCUUCUUGGCACAUGUGGAGAUUUCAUUGGGUCGUCCUCUUUGUUACUCCACACAGCACAUGAAGCAAAACUCGAUGUGACUGAUUGCAUAAGUAUUGCCCUUACCAUUCUGAAGGCCAACAUCCAGAGCUACACUGUCUCCUUUGCCAAUCUUGUAGACCGUACCUCCAUUGCUACCCUUCAUGAAGAUAACACACUCUUGAUCAUGGCAAGUAAUUGUUGCAGUGACAGGUUCUGAUUCUUUAGAACAAGAAAUGGUAACAUCACCCUUUGGUUCUUUCGCACAAUUUGUUCCCUUGGUCUUCGUAAGAGAAGACCAUGGUUGAUCAUCAAUGGAGGAGCAGCCUUCCAUCUUCCAUCCAUAGUCAUAGCCCAAGUCCUGACAGUUGGGAUUGCCAUCUUCAACAUAGGGGAAGUUAGGAGUACUUGGGGGCAAGGUCUGCUCAAUGCAGCUUCCGGUUGGGGCUGGACUUGGGGGCACUGUGGUUGGUGUCUUUGUGGGGAUCGGAGUGGGUGGCUCGGUGGGUGGCUCGGUGGGUGGCUCAGUGGGUGGCUCAGUGGGGCUGGGAGUGGGCGACUUUGUUGGAGCUUUGGUUGGGGCUUUGGU